AUGGUGUCGCACAUUGAGCCACCUCAGCAGGUGCUACACACUCCGCGACGCCCUCCUUCGGCCACCAGUAGAGCUUCGACAACAAGACGCCAUCGUUCGUCGCGCUCUCAACACACAACCUCGCCUGCCUUACCACUGAAUGAGUUUCCUGUCUUUGCGCAGACCGGCGACGUUGAAGUUGUCAUCUCCUCGGCUAGUGGUCGCAAAGAACAGCGCUAUGUUUUGCACAGCAUCAUUCUCAGCCAGUGCUCAUCCUUCUUCGCCAUCGAUCUUAAACGGCCACUCGUACACAAUGCUCUCCCUGCUCCUAGCCCGGCUCCACUUUCGCGUAUUGGCGAGACCAACUCCAGCAGAAGCAGUCUAGACUCGAUCGAUGUACGUCGCUGGAAUUACGUCCUCGAUUGGCACCACACAAGAGACAACGACAUACCACGAUUGAUACAGCGUCCUCCGAGCCAGAGUCCGCCGCCCGUCUCGCGUAACAAGCCGCCCGCUUCGUCCUCUGCCUUCUUUCGUUCAAUGUCGAAUCUAUCUGCCUUGUCGUUAAACCCUCAACCUGCUGCUUCUUUAGGCCCGGACGAUGAAAUCCUGCGAGACUAUGAUAAUCUGUUUCGCAUUUUCUACAACUAUCCUCCCUCUCUCAGCAAUGUCAAUAUCGCAGAUGCGUACACCGAGUCAAAGACUUUGCUGCAGCUGGCUCAGAUGUAUGAUGCCCUUGAUAUCGUAGGCUCACGCGUGGAUCAUCAUCUUUUGGGCUUUCAAGGGCGCCUAUUCAAGCAGAUUGCUCGCUACCCGCCAUCUUAUCUCAAACUAGCAUGUCUAGCUAGGUCCAGAGUCAUCUACACAGAAGCUCUGAUCCAUGUAGUAGGCCAAUGGCCACAAGCACAAUCACAGCUCGUCAACCAUAUCGAUCCUCUCGUCCUCGAUAUCAUCGAAGACAAGGUCCAAGAACUGGAAGACAUGAAACUGCGCAUCGAAGUUCGCCUCUUCAGACUGACUCUGACAACCAGUCGAGGCGAACGUGUCAAUCCUUCCAACAGCUAUCUAGACUGGAUGGCCAUGAGUCUGUUCCGCCAAUGGCUAGCUGAAAACACCACCCCAGCUCCUGUAUCUAUCCUCAAGAACUCUUCACGACCUUCGUCAUUAGACGCCGCAUCUGCAUCUGCAUCUGUAUCCGGACGAUCAGGCCGUCAAAGCACUUCACGCGCCUUAGUCCCUGCUAAACCAUCAACAUCUCAACAGUCACCCUUACCCCCACAGAACUUAGGUCGCAUACACAGACUGAUGGGCAGCACAAACAAAGACGCCUACUUGAACCACGACGAAUGCAAACGUUUCCUCAAACUCACUCCAGAGAUGUACUCUCGCGAUAACCUUAGACGGUUCGAGAGAAGAGUCGAUGAACUCAAGAACCUCGCUCGAGAUGCUGUCAAACCUUUAACUCGCAACUUUCUGGAGCUUGAUCUGAGUAGUUUGGCUGUCCCGUCGACUUCAGGAAGGAACAGUGCUGCUGUUCCAUCAGUUGGGCUGGGGUACCUGACUUGUACGAAGGUUAUGGAGGAGGACUUUCCUUGGGCGGCUUAA